AUGUUGGCGUCUAGACAUCCUUGGAUCGAGAGGGCCACCAAUUUGGCUGGCUUGUUGACUAGAAUUGCCAAUCCAGUCCUAUUCGCUGUCAUCAUGGGUACCGGUGCCGUCAGUAUACUCUUCGAGGUCUUCCCCUACGGACGAGGGUCUCGAGGCAUGAUGAUUGUCAGCCUGGCAUUCUUCUUUCUCAACCUGAUACUCUGCUGCAUAUUCUUCUCCUUCUCCGUUGCGAAAUACGUCGUAUACCCCGACCGAUGGUCUGCCCUCAUCCGCAACCCCAUCACAAGCCUGUACUUGGGGUGUUUUCCUAUGGGGUUGACGACCCUGAUCAACGUCGGUGUGGAUGUAAUUAACAUCUACUUUGCAUUCGGUGGUCGGACCUUCCUUUACACCCUCUGGGGGUUCUGGUGGGUCGUCGUGGCCAUUUCAGUUGUUUGUUGCUGGGUGGGCGUACACAUGAUGUUCAUAAAGCAAAAUCCCCCGUUCAACAAGAUGACCGCUAUGUGGCUCUUACCGGUGGUGACGCUAAUUGUCGCGGCCUCGUCGGGCGGCGUCCUCGCUCAAGCACUGCAAACAUACUCCCAUUACCACGCUCUCCUUACAGUGGUCUUCUCUAUCUUCAUCGUCACCGUCGGUUUAACCCUGGCUUUCAUGAUCCUGACAAUUUAUCUCGCCAGACUAAUCAUCCACGGCCUUCCUCCCGGCGUCACCGUACUCUCCGUGUUCCUUCCACUCGGUCCUACAGGACAGUCAGGGUUUGCCUUUUAUCUCAUCGGGGCAAAUUUCAGAACACUGGUACCUUACGAACACGCGGGAAAGUCCGUCCUCCUUUCAUCCCCCAUGGUCGGCGAAUUCCUUUACACGAUGUGCGUCUCUGCUGCCUUCCUCCUGUGGUCCCUAGCGACAAUGUGGAUGCUUUAUGCGCUGCUCGCCCUUCACGCGACCGUGUUGAGAAAUCCAGUUGGAUUUAGGAUGUCAUUCUGGGGCCUUGUCUUCCCGAAUGGUGUCUACGCCAAUUUAACGAUUGCCUUGAGUGUGGCGUUUGACUCGACAGGCCUACGGAUAUACGGUGCUGCCUACGCAAUUGUCGUCAUCUGUGUAUGGCUUUCCAUCGCAGUUCGAUCCCUGAUCGCUUUCAAGCGAUUAGCAAACGAAGCGUGCCUCCCUGUAAUGGAGAGCAAAGCGGCGAUGAGUCCCGAGCAAAACAUGAACGCCAGAAGACUUCAGGAAAACAGUUUUCACGGGCCCUAUCAUAACUCCUAG